AUGGGUCUUAUUGCAGAAGGAAUGCCGAUCAUGGCGAUCGCGAUCACUUCACUGUGUUGGAUGGUUAUAACUGGCCUCCUACUGGCUUUGAUGUUCUUUUUCCUAAGAAGAAAGGCGCCGCCGUCGACUGGAUUCGAGAAGGAGUUCGAAGAAUACGCCCAAUGUGGUCAGUUUGAGCUGAUUUUGAUUUCUACUCCAACUUUGAAUUCUCACUUACAGUCACCCUGAUGGCAUCUUACGUUCACACGACCUACUACAGCCUGCUGCUGCAGCAUAAAUGCUUUUGUAUGUAACUGAGUUUUGGACGUUUUGUGUAAUCUUGAUCGAUUAAGUGGACAAUAUUAUCAACUGUUUGACGGCAUAUGAGCAACGGACGGCCUGCUUUCUCAAAGAAACAGGAGCAGGAAUACGUACUUGUGCACAGCGUCAGUUUCUCAUUCUCAAGCAGGGUUGUGCGAGAUGAGACUUUUUGAGUUCGAGACGAGAGAAUUUAUUCGAAAAAAUUUCGGGACGAGAUGAUGUAUUGUCUCGAUCUUUCGAGACAAGACGAAACAUUUUCUGAGACCCGUCUCGAAAAUAUGCCAUGGAAUAUCUUGACACAUUCCUUCCGAACGGCAUCACGUGUUCAAGGACAAAAACUUUAAAAAAUCAUAUCUCCAAAACUAAAAGUUUGCGCAGAUAGAUACACCGAGACGCACUAUCGCAUACUCGAAAUUGUUUUUUUCAAUUUUAGCAUUUGCAAUUUUUUAUACCUUGAAAACCGAGCUUCAGAAAAAAAAAAUCAUGGAGAGAAAGUAGAAAUUAAAAAAACCUCGUAUGGCGAAAUGUUUGUUUUAAAUUCGAAAAAAAUCAUCAAAAAAACUAGAAAAAAAUUAUAUAAUUUAGAUGAUUCAUAUAACAAAAAUCUUCAAACAGCAUCAGCAAAUUCAAUUUGGCUCUAAUUUACACAAAACCGGUUUUCAAACUACGUCAAAAAGAACUGGAUAAUAAAUUUGGUUAUAGAAAAAAACGUCAAACGAAGUAAUAAUGAAGUAAAAAAACCAAAAAAAUAUGCUUUUUUUGUCAAUUAACUCUUUCCGUAAAUCUUGAGAGAUCUUUAGAGGGCGGCUCUUGUAAUUCAGAAACAGGUCCUGGACAGAUCAAAACUACUGUAGUAGUACGUUUUACGGUGCCCAUACCUGUUUUUUUUUUCUGCAUUUUCUUUCACUGACAAGAACUCCGUGCAUUUUAACCGGUUUUUUUCGUUUGCAGCUGUUUCUUCUAAGGAGUAUUGUAGAACAUAACCGGUUGUAUGUUUCCCUCAUCUUGUUCCCUUAAACGGUUAAGAGAAACUGCGUAAACAGCAAUGAAAUGCCAAAAAUGCAACUAAAUAUACGAAGUUUUUUGGUCAGCAAAGAGAUGUGGCAUUACGGUCCCUAGUUUUAUCAUCUGUGCAAAAUUCAAGUCUCAGAAAAGAAAAAAAAAAAUUUUCAGUUGACAAGAUGGAUGACAUCUUCGCUGAAGCGAAUAGGAGGGAUACAAUUCUGGGACAAGGAGGAACUUUAGAAAAAACAAAAAUCAUGGAAAACGUGGCCUACAGGAAACUUCAUUUCAAUCAUGUCAGUAACUCGCACGACGAUAAGGAUAUAUAUCUUUUGGUCGCGAGAUUCAUCGAGUCGAAAAAAGGAAGAAAAUGCACCGAAACUGUCGAAAUCCUUGCUCCAAACCUAGAAGGAUCAACAAAAGAGGUUUCCAAGAAGGAAAAAGAUAAGGCACGGAAAAAAGGUGAGAAGGAGGUCAAAGGAAACACUAAGAAAGAAAAUGUGGACGAAGAAAAAGAAGAAAAGCGCCAAAGUGCGGGAUUGAGUCUGGAUCUGAGCGUAAAGACGCAGGAGAACAACAUAAAGAGGAAGAAUAAGAUUCCGGAACAUGUCAAACAUUUGGAUAACACGGUAGCCAAGUGGAUGAACACCAAGCCCAAUACUAAAGAAGAGAAGAAAAUUGCCGAUGCUUGUCAGUCUAUAUCUUUUCGACUAGCCUCCAUUUAAAAUUCAUUAAAUUUUUGGGCGCGUUUGUGCGAAAACAGUCCCUUCUUCUCUAUAAUCGCUUUUUCGGUCAAAAACCUUUUUCCAGCCUGCGCGAGAACGUUAGUGGGAAAAGCUUCUAUCCAAAAGGAAACUCUUCAUUGAAAAAAAAAUACUUCUUUGAAAUCUACUUUUCCAAGUCAACAUGGGCUUCUCGCGUUUAUUUUUUUUUUUACUCAAUACUGUAUCUAUUUCGCUUUUUAUUAAGGAGAAAAAAAAAACGUAAAAACAAGGUUUCUUUUUUUCCGGAUGCAAAAAAUGCGUCAAAAUAAUGCUGUGCAAGUGACGUUUUUCUGCACAAACGCGCUCUUUCGAGUUUAUCGAAAACUACUCGGAGAUUGCUAACUCGAGCCGGCCGCGGAUAGGACGUGUCAGGAGAAUUCUAGGGAUCACUUAAGAGAGCUAACGCUACUAAAGUGGUUAUUAGAGAAAUUCUCCGACACGUUCGAUUUGCGCUCGGUUUGAGUUGAACAGGUCCGAAUGUGUCAUCACGGCUCCUAAUACUUUCUCUGGUGAACUGCUUGUCUACUUUGCAAUUUUCAGGGCUCUCGUUGGGCGUGAUCGACCGGCUGCUGACUGAAAUUAAUGAAACCGGCAGAAAAUUCGCCAUGAGUACGUUAUAGGCGUUGUUUAAGAAAAAUGUGUUUUAGUAUUUAGUAUAAUUAUAUGUUUUAGUAAUAAGUUUCAGUAGUAAUAAAAAGCGUAUUUAUUUCACUCCCUAAAGAUUACUUACUCGUUAAAUAAUCAGAAAUUUCGAGUUACAGAUUAUAACCAAAUCACGUUCCAAGUGUGCAGGAUAGUCAUGAACGAAGUUAAAGAGCGGACCUUGAUCAACAACGAACAGGCCUACGAUCCGGAGAACCCGAGAGGAAAGAUCAAGAAUAUGCAUGGUAAUGUCCUUUUCCAUUAGGUUUCUAUCUCAAUUUGUUUUGCUGAAAAUCUGUCUUUUACUUUGUUAAAGUGGCUAUUUGUAUUUUUUCUGAAGACCCCGAUUUCUAGAGUUUAUCCAUGUCCUCGAGCACCUGUACACGGAUGAGGAUCCGCAGGCAGAGAGGCUGAAGAUGGACCUGACAAUAUACGAAUGGAGCCGCUUUUUGGAUUUUCAUUACAUGGGCUUCGACUACAAUGAACACAAAGGAUGUGAGUUUCAAGAGUAAAAUUCGAGCUUCCCGGAAGUUCGGCGAAAUAUAGUAUUUUUCCGCUCGACAAAAAUCGAUUUUUCAAAAAUAGGAUGAAAUAACACCCCACUACCUCACUGACAACAUACAAGCUGAAUAUUAAUGAGAAGUUUCGGAGUGCGGAAAAACAGAGACUUAUUGUUGGCAAACUGAAAAAGUUCACGAAAAGCAAAUAAAACAAGAGAUGGAAGUUCCUAUCUCACUAAAAACCUUCCAGCCCUUGUUUACGUGAGGCCGUCGCCGAUGCAUGGGGAGCCUUUCAGUCAAGCUAUGCUCCGUUUGGAAAGUAAGUGUGAAGGAGAGAAAUGAUUUUAUUUUAAGAGUUAGGCGAGUGAUUGCUAUUGUUGUAUAGUGUGGUAGAACGAUCGAUAUAGUCUGUUCAGAUUUUGAAUGUCAAGCAGCUAACUCCGCCCCAGCUGAGACGGUACCUUUUCGCGUCGAUGUUUCAUCGCGCGGGGCUAAUUUUGAUCUUUUUCGAUCUUAAAGAUAGAAAAAGAGGUCAAAAAAGCAGCCUUAUAAAAGGGCCACUGGCAUAUGUAGAUAAAACAUUGACGCGAAAGAUAUUUUUGCCAUGGGGGUGGAGUUAGCUGCUUGACACUCAAAAUCUGAACAGACUAUGUUUUCUGUGUACCACGACUUGAAAUUUCACCGAACGAAAUUCCGUUCUUCCGCUGCGUCGCGAAGCGUCUUUGCGAGCCUCGGUUUCGCUUUGAAUUGGUUCUCAUUUGUUAUAGAUGGACUGUUCCACUAGGAAAACGUGUUGGCCGAGUUUUUAAACAAAAUGAAAAAUUGAAUGCGCGCAAAGGCACGCAGCGGAACAGCUCUACUGAAAUCGUGCAAAGUGCAGUGCCUAUGCCGGCAUUCUGCAAAAAAAGUUGCAUGUAUCCUGAAUAUCAGAGCUUUGCAUUUUGCCUAGAAGUUCUUCGUAUUUUGCAUUUCUUUUUGCUCACUUUUGUAUAGACGAAUAAAAGUGCAAAAUGUGAGGUACUUCUGUGCAAAAUGCAUAGCACUGAUUUGCAAGAUGCAUGAAGCUUUUUUGGAGUGUGCUGGCAUAGGCACUGCCUAUUGCAAUAGUUCUGUAGAGUAGCGGAAUGUCGUUCGGUGAAAUUCCAAGUCGUGGUACACAUACUAUAACAAUUCUUUUAGUAUAUAUAUAUAUCUUUUUAGUGUUUUUAUUGUGAUAUAUAUAUAUAUAUAUAUCUUUUAGUGUAUAUAUUGCACAAAAAUUUGAAAUAUCAAAAUUUCACUUGGCAGUCAUUUUUCAUAAAUUAGUUCGAAAGUGCUCGGAACAACUUUAAAACGUGAGCAGGGGGUAGUAUCAUAAAAAUAUAAAAAAUAUGUUUCAAAACCGUAUCUCAGUGGAAAAAGCGAAAAAGGAAUCAGUACCCCCGCGCGUGCGCGCACCAGCUCUACAGAACUUUUGCAAUAGGCAGUGCCUAUGUCAGCACACUCCAAAAAAGCUUCAUGCAUUCUACAAAACAGUGCUUUGCUUUUUGCACAGAAGUGCCUCGCAUUUUGCACUUUUUUUCGUCCAUACAAAAGUGAGCCCAAAAAGAAAUGCAAAAUACGAAGAACUUCUAGGCAAAAUGCAAAGCUCUGAUUUUCAGGAUGCAUGCAACUUCUUUUGCAGAAUGCCGGCAUAGGCACUGCACUUUGCACGAUUUCAGUAGAGAGUGCCUGAGAUGUUAUUCUAACUUUUACAUUAUUUCGUUAAUGGCGUGUUCAUCGCAAAAACGGAACAUGCUUCAAAACGAAGAACAGUACUGAUUUUUGUUUUGGAGCAAUUUUCGUUUUGUCCGAUGAACACGCCAUAAGAAAUAGCUUUAGAAAUUCCCUCGAAGAAAUAGUUUUUUCCUUUAGAAGUUUAAAAUUGUUGAAGGUCAAGUAUGAUAACAGAUUUUGUUUUUUUUUUCCGUUUUUAUACUUCGUUGCUGAAGUUCUUUUUUCCAGGAUACGAAAAGGACUAUGAAAAGCUCAAAGCUAAAGUCGAAGAAUAUUGCAAAAAGAAAAAACUCAAGCUGGUGACCAAGAAAACUUCUAUCAAGCAACCGGAGAUAAGAGAAAAAUAUGACUUCGCAAAAUAUACAUUUGAUGAUAUUACCGAGGCGGCAGGAAUAUUCGAAAUGAAGGUAUAAUUCUCUCAAAAGUCAAAAGAAAAGAAACCAUUUUUUCAGGCAGAAGACGCUGCUAAAGCCGUGAAAGCAAGUGAGGACGCCAAGGCCAACAAAAUACUGGUGAGCUUUGAGAAACUUGGCAAAAAAAAGACUGACUUUGCCUACAUCUUUUUUUCUCUUUUUUCUACGAUAAGUUAUCAAGCAUUUCGGAAAAAUAUUAGUAGUGUUUCGAAAGCUUGUUGAUUUUUUUUUGAGUUGAAAAGAACUCGAAAAUCGUUAAAAUUUAAAAUUUUCAGGAUUUGCCGGCUCCCAAAAGCUACAUUGAUCUCACCAAAUAG